GAAAUUCAUAGACAAGAACGUGAAGAGCUAGAGAACAAGCUUGAAGCAAAAGACAAAAACAUUCAGAAAAGAAUACCACGUUCGGUACCAAAAGGAAAGGAAAAGAACUAUAAGUAUAUGAUUUAUACUGAAGAGAUGGAAAAUGAAGAAGAUAAAGAUAUGGUUAUGUUGCAUUUAGUCAGAAGAAACAACAAAAGCUUUUACGACCUUGCUAAGAUUUACAAAUCUGACAGAAAUUGGUUCUAUCGCGAAAACUUACCGAUUUCAAUGACCCCAAAUGAAGAUGUGAAACAAAUAGUUCAAGAUACUUUACCUCAAACACACUAUGAUAUGAAAGGUUGUACAAUACUUACAUUCAAAGAAGAUUUGCCAUUGUUAAAGGAAAAAAUAACAGAGUAUUUUGACAACUUCAAACAAGUAGAGUAG